AUAAUUUCUCGAGCAGCCAGUAUUCCGUUCGACGAAGGAUCGAAGCGUCGAGAAACGAUGAGCGUCGAUCGCGGCAACGACGACGAAGCAAACUAGCGUCUCUGUUCGAGGAUGACAUUUAACCUACGUCCUACGGAUAGAUCGCGUUGAUCGCGAGUCAUUAACGAGACAAUCGACGCGUCGAGCUUUGACGACGCGUGCAAACACAGGAUCGAAGCGGAGAGAAACUCGUCGUGGCCUGUCAUACGUCGUAGGUGUAUCAUUAUAGAGUCUGGUUUCUCUUGACGCAUUCGAACACUCGUGAAAGCGGAAUCGCUUCCUGCGACGAUAAGUGUCACGGAAGAUCGGUGUCUAAAUUAUGCCGAGAAUCGUGGUUUCGCCGUGAAUCAAAACCGAGAUGGAAGAUUGAAAGAGAACUUUCGCAAGAACUUUUGACGCGAAUACGAUCGACUAUUGGUGGCGACUCUGGUCCUUCAGCGCGAGAAGAGGUGGUUCUUACCGAGGGAAAAAUCAACAGACUAUCGCGGAAAUCCUUGGAUCAAUAUGCCGCAUACAGGUCAAGCAGGAGUUAAUCAAUUGGGUGGUGUGUUUGUUAACGGGAGGCCAUUGCCCGAUUGCGUUCGACAAAGAAUCGUGCAGCUCGCUUUGGUCGGCGUCAGACCUUGCGAUAUCUCACGGCAACUUCUCGUGUCUCAUGGAUGCGUCUCGAAGAUUCUCACGAGAUUCUACGAGACGGGAAGCAUUCGACCAGGAAGCAUCGGAGGAAGCAAAACGAAACAAGUGGCCACCCCCACCGUCGUGAAGAAGAUUUUACGAAUGAAACAAGAACAACCAACCAUGUUCGCCUGGGAGAUCCGAGAACAGCUGGCGCGACAAGGAGCUUGCGAUCCUCAAAGUUUACCCUCCGUCUCCUCGGUAAAUCGAAUUCUCCGAGGCGGUGGACUUCACACGGAUCACACGGGGAUCGAGGGUGGUUCACCCAGCACGUACGCCUCGCAAGUUUCCUCGAACGUCGCCAAUAGAGACACACUCAUGAGAACGGAUUACCAAUUAUUUUAUCCGGGAUCACUGGGACCGUUGCACAUUUCCACGACUUCCGGUAAUACCAGCGCACCAUCUUGGAAUCCGAGCUUUUACUCGUCUCUUUAUCAAGCAACUACGCUACACUUGCAUCAUGGAAUGCAAUCAUUCACAUCGUUAGACGUGGAACGUCUGUCGGAACAAAGCGGACCAACGAACCAGGUCGAUUUAAAAUCCAGCUCGAGCUCGAUGGCGGGCAGCGACGACUCCUUGGACAAGAGCGACCUGGACGAGAACACAGAGUCCCAAGACCACUACAAGCCUUUCCAAAAUUCGCCUAUAAUCCUAGAACUCGGCCAGAAGAUCGGCAGCGAUCGUAGCGCGUUCGUGAGACACAGUACGUCCGGCUCGUCCGGAAACCUCGAGAAUCGACAGAGUCCACCGCCAACGAACGGUGACAAGCAGAAAAUAGCGUCUCCGCGAAUCUUGGAAACGGGAAACGAGCAGAGCACCAUGGCCAAAGAAGCGGCGGUCGAGGGAAGACCGGCGCAACCUCAGAGAAAAAGGAAUCCUUACUCGAUAGAAGAGCUCCUGAAGAAAGACGAAGGCAAAAGCACCUCGAAGAGGCCGAAAUUGACGAAUCUCGGGGUGGUUCAACCCUGUGGAAUUAUCCUGAACAAGGAAAUCUGAAGGAUCGCGGCCGAGAGAUAAAUAAAACGGAGGGAAAGAAGAACGUUUCAAGAUCCGAUGAGAUAGAGGCUAAAAGAUGAUCGUCUGGAUUUGGGAGAAUUUUCGAGAAAUUACACGGAAUCAAGGACGAUGGUGUUUGGAUGAUGAACGUCGAGAACGAAGAUGCGACUGAUCGAAAACGAAAUGGAUGGACGGGCUGGAACAGAGGAAGAUGUAUGGUUGGAACGAUCGAUGAACGUUGCGACGAUGAAAUUGGGCUAGGUUUAUAUUACAUAUUCGUGGCUCUGUAUUUUUCCGAUCUAUCGAUAAAGAAAAAAAAAAAAAAACUUCUAAAUACUUUAUUUAGAAAAAUACUUCUUUCUCGGAAUAACGAAUCGUUGAGAAACCGUUUAGUCUUGUACAAAACUUAUUUAUUAAACUCUCGUUUUAAGAGGAUUAAACUACGUCCGUUAAAGAGAAAUGUAACAUAGUUUAGCAAAAAGGUGGAACAACGCCAAGUUCGACGCUCGAGAAAUUACGUUGCAAAGGGAAUAAAAACAGAAAGGUUGAUAAGAUCGGUACACCUUUAUAGAUAUGCGAAAAUCUCGAAAAUUAAAGCGAUCGUCGUUGUACUAUCGAUACGGAGAAAAAGUAUAAAUUAUAUGUAACGUUAGUAUGAAUCGUCGAUUAUGUAUCGUUGACCGCAAUAUCGUAGGUUAAACGUAAGUCCGUUAAGAUAAUUUAUAAUUAAAUUAUUUUUAUUCGUUCUUCCGCGUCCGACACCGUCGAUGAUCUUUUCGAAGAAGAAAGGAGAUCGUCGAUAUUAUGCGUAAUAACGGGACGUUAAAAUACGAUAAAGAAAACUCAUUCGCGUAGGUGUUUUAUCAGUUUCGAUGAUUUUCGAUAGGAUCGGUUUUGCGAUCUCCGAAUACUGAGAAUUUUCUGUCGUGUAAUUUGCGUGUAGUGUAUGAUUUCGUUUUGAGAGCGGGACGAUGCCAUAUUAUUAUGUACGAUAUUUAACUUUAAUUUAGUCAGAGAAACUUUGACGUAUUCUAAUAAAGUGAAACGGCUAGUAACCUUAA